GGCAAUUUAAGGUCAAAACUGGCACCAGUGUCAAAAAGCUGUGUGUGUGUUACAGCGCCCCCUACCGCGCUUUUCCAGCAGUGCAUCCUGUCCGGACGCAGCGUCCUGCCGGCAACAGGUGUUCCACUGGCGGUGAGAUCUGGUGACCGUGAGGGCCGUAGCAUAUGAUUUUACAUCAUUUUCAUCCUCAUCCAACCAUUCAGUGAGCCCUUGUUCCCUGUGGAUGAGGGCGUUGUCAUCCUGGAAGAGACCGCUCCUGUCAGGAUAGAAAUGUUUCAUCGCAGGAGAAAGAUUGCAGGGAAAACAAUGCCUCAGACUGUCAUGGACCCCACGAGCAGAAAAGGAAGUGAAGUGCACCAUGACACCAGCAAAGUCGCCUUCCUGGUUAAUGGCCUUACCAAAGGCACAAGUUUGGUAAAUGGAGACUUUGUCCAUAAAGGUGGUCCCGAUGCUGUCCCUGGAAUGAGUGACAGUGCAGCAGCUGACACAGUGAAUGGCACCAAACCUCAAAGCAUGGUCAACGGUGCCAUGCCAGCAUGGUGCAAAUGUAAAACAGCGGUGCCUUCAAAGAUGCUCUGGAAACAAGGGAGCAUGAUUUCAGGUGUCAGUGACGCCUCAACAGCCAAUGUGGUCAACAGUACUGCCGUUCCAGCUGAUGGUAAAAUGAAUGGUGCCACCAGUCCAGACACAGCUGGUUUGCCCAAUGUGGCACCAGAGGAGAGUGGCAGCAGCCAGCCAGCACCAGCAAAGAACCAGAAGAAAAGGUACAGAUCAAGGCGUAAGAUGAGGGGCAAGGAUGUGACCCCCCCGCUGCAGCCUCAAGAGGAGGACUGGGAGAGCCCAGAGGAUGUGCUGAGUUUUGCCUUGCGGCAUUCUUCACUCAAGACAACGGACACUACCAUCCCCUCGGAGACAGCCAGUUACAUGCCAGCCUGGCACCACCCAAGACCCGUGCAGUGGGCAUGCUGCUACGUUCCCACAGAGCCCGACCAGUUUGCAGAUGCUGAUUAAUAAGGGGGGUAAGCUCCCUGAAAUUAACGCUCACAACAUAAAUGAUCUGUUCGUAUCUGCAAGUAGUUUGCCCGUUGUGGCACUAGGAAUAUUUACUCGUCAUGUAACUUCAUCAGGGAUCCUGAAUCACUACUCUUACCAGUUUCCUUUGGAGAUACCACCAUCCUCCCUCCUUUUCUAAUUUAAAACAGCAAAGGUCAAAGGCCAUAGAGUAGUAGUCUGGCUUGCAGCCAUGUUUUGUGUUAGUGUGUGUUUUUAUGUAAGUUUAUACAGUAUUUUACAUUUUAUAUUCAGAUUUUAUAUUUGUUGACUUUAAAAUACUACACAGGUUACUUUUUUGAGCCCAAACAAUAAUUUUAGUUAGCCACCUCCUGUCUUUUACUAUUCUUUACUAUUUUACUAUUCAGAUUUACUUUCAGAUUUACAUUCAUUUACUUUAAAAAUGCGAUAUAACUUAGGCUUUUGUGAGCUCAGAAUGAUUUUAAUUACUGACUCCCCAUCCUUUACAAACUCGUCCCUUUCUUUUUCAGAUUUUAUAUUUGUUUUUGGGUUUUUUUACUCUAAUGCUUUUGUGAGCUCAAAUCGUGUUUGCAGUCUUCACUGUUUUACUGCUUCAUUUUGAGAUUUUAAAUUCAUUUACUGUAAAAAUGCUUACUUAUUUUUUGUGAGCUCUCAGAAUGAUUUUAGUUACUUCUCAUCUUUUAUUUUACCAGUUCAUUUUCAGGUUUUAUAUUUGUUGACUAAAAACGCUGUAUGUGUUACUCUUUUGAGACCUGAAAGAAUGAUUUCUAGUUACUUACUUCCAUCCUCUGCCAGUGACUGGUGCUACUAAUAAUGCAUUUGCUGUUGGAUUUUGUCAUUUUCAUCAAAAUGAUUUCAGUUGUAGUAGCGCAUAAAGUGCAAUGAUUGCUUUAAUUAGAGGGCUUUUUGUUUUACAGUGACUCAAACGUAACAAGUUGCCCUUUUUGAUCUGUAAGGUCAAUUUUAUUGUUUAAAAUUCUAGAUAUUUACACUAAAUACAUGAAGUGACUAUGUUGCUGAUAUGAUUAAAUACUCAGUGGACAGACAACUUAUCCAGCAAAUGAUUUAUCAAUAAAUCGUCACCCACCUGUCCAAA